CACGGCCAUGAAGCGGUUCCACGCGUCGUGAGUGUAAAACUCCACAGUGUGAGCAUUGGCGAUGCUCAGUGUUACAGACAGAAACCGCUGAACUUCAUCUAUUCGACGUUGAAUUUCUGCGAGGCUGUAUUCAGCGGAUAACAUAUUAAAAAGCUCUCUAAAGGAGGCCCGAGUGAAGCAUGUAAGUCGUCGUCCACUGCUGAUGUACGCCUAGACAUAAGCAGUCGAAAAGACUGUUCGAUGAUUUUACAAUAUGUAUUUUUUAAACAAAAUAUACAGUAGCGUACAUAGAACGGUAGGCAUUUCAUAUGUGCCAAAAUACUGCAUCAGAUUUGCCUCUGAAAUUUCAAUAAAUUGUAUCAAAGUUGGUGGCUCCGUAAUCGAUUAUUCAUGCCUGCUGUAAACGCGUCAUCACACCGCGACUGUGAGGAAACGGCGUGCGACCCGAACCCGCAUGAUUGUGGUAAACAUUUGACUUUACCUGGCAAGUUUUAACUCAAAUGGCGCCGACGGAUCAACAAAGGAAGACUAAGAAGUUUACCGCGAAAGAUGGCAACUGGAAGAAGUCAAACAAUAACGGCCAGGGUGUCAAGCAGAAGAGGAAAUGGGUCCCCGAGCAGAAAGUAUACGAAGGCAGUGUUAAGGAAGGUCAGGGGUUUGCUUUAAAGAGGAAAGAAAAGGUCAAACAUGAGUACAACAAGCUGCUGCGGAAGGAGAGGAGGAGACACCCAGAGUCCAAAGCAAUGUACAAGGAGGACUACCCGGAACACCUCAGGCACCUAUACGAAGCCGAGGCCAAGAAACUGAAGAACGAAGCCUGGACCAAUAGACUGAACAGGAGUAAACUGAGAAUGAAAUGGCAGGAGAAGGAAGAGGAGGAGAGGGGUGAGAAUGAGGCUACUGCUGCUGCUGCUGCUGAGGAGGAGGAGGAGCCCGAUCCAGAAGUUACUGGUAGUUCUGAGCGGACAGAUUCUGCCACUGAGAAUCCUGAAACAAGAGCAGCUGCAGAGAAAGACGGCCUUCCAAUGAGCAACCGCAUGAGGAAAAAAGUGCUGAAGAAGACGUCCUACCAGAAGACAAAAGAGGAAUUUGAGGCAAUCACAGAAAAAAGGAAAAAGAAGAAAGAGGAGUAUCUGAAAAGCAGCCAGCAGAGAAACGAAGCCAUUCAGAAGUACAAAGAGAAAAAGUUGGAGACGUUUCAGAUGCUGAGCAGAAAGACCAAGAAAGGACAGCCCAAUCUGAACCUCCAAAUGGACUAUUUGCUUCAGAAGAUCACCCAAGGAACCGGGAAAUGACUCCCAAAGUCAGAGCUGGUACUGAAGAAUUAAGAGAGCGGACCUUUACUUUUAUUCGACUGUGGUAUCGAAUCACCCUGUUGCAAAUAACAACCUGAGGACAAUCAGGAUUGUGCUUUUCAGACACAUUAAAUACUGUUAUUUUCCCCCGGAAAAACCAAUUAAAUUGCUAAUUUUAAACUCGGACCACAAGAUGGCGUUGUAAGACACGGAGAGAUGGGAAAACAUGCUCAUGUUAGACUUUUAUUAAUCACCAAACGUUUUAGCUUCAUGUUCAUGUUCGCUGUUCAUUUCAAAUGGUCGACACAUCCCACUUGUAGCUUAUUACCAUGAAACCUAAUAAUCAUUACAUAAGCUGUAAUUUAGCAACAGUAAACCAGUUUAGAGUUUAUUAACCCAUAAACAUUUACAAAUCCUUGAAUUAAACGUUAUAAUCUUUUAUUUUCUGAUUUAACUUUGGUAAUGCCGAGCUGUAAACAUGCCACUGUAAUUAAUAAAACCUCUGUAAAUAACA